UUCACUUGGCCUUUGUGGUGAUGAGAUCGCAUCAGUCCAUCGUCAGUUUCAGUCCGCCACGUAAACCUGCGUUAUGUGUUAAUUCCAUCUUUACUUUUGCUAUCCGCAGUGGACGUUUUGCGGCAGUUGAAAUCUGGUCAUCUAAUUUGGAGAAAUGCCACCUCAAAUGGAGUACAAUUACGAAGAGACCAGGAUUCCGUCCGUGUGCAUUACCCAUGAGAAAACUCAGGAGCCGGCUAUCAACUGUAUGUUGGUAGGAGAUGGCGCUGUGGGAAAGACCAGUAUGAUUGUUAGCUAUACUACCAAUGGAUAUCCCGCGGAGUAUAAACAGACUGCCUUUGACGUAUUCUCUGGGCUGGUUCAAGUGGAUGGAACACCAGUACGCAUCCAGUUGAUGGACACUGCAGGACAGGAGGUGUUCGAUGAAUUCCGCUCCCUGUGUUACGCACAGACGGACGUCUUCCUCCUCUGCUUCAGUGUUGUCGACCCCACAUCCUUCCAGAACAUCACAAAGAAAUGGAUCCCAGAAAUUCGGGCACACAAUCCAAACUCUCCCAUAAUCCUUGUUGGGACACAGUCUGACCUCCGGCAUGAUGUCAACGUACUCAUCAACCUAGACCAUUUAAAGGUGAAGCCAAUCCUGAAUUCACGAGCCCGUGGACUGGCAGAGAAGAUCCGUGCACAGGAUUACGUGGAGUGCUCUGCGCUAACGCAAAAGAACCUGAAAGAGGCAUUUGACAUGGCUAUCUUUGCUGGCAUCAAGCACAAGGCCCGAAAAUCAAGGAAGCUGAAGUUUUCAGACCGUGCAAGGACUUUUUCCAAGUGUGGCUGGAAGAAGUUUUUCUGCUUUGUCUGACCAGGCAGGCAGUUACUAAAAACUAUAUUUAUUAAUUUAUUCUUACUUGAACAUUUGAGCCUCCCUGAUGGAUAUGCUGCCCUCCUGAAGAGGGUUCUUGGUGAAGGACAGAAUUAAUGGCUGGAGACAUUCUAUGGUUUCUUGCUGAAUGGAUUCAGUCAAUCAGGGAAUUUCUGAAUGAAGGGGGCCAAGUGUACUUCCUUGCAGUUUGAUUGUGAUGUUAUUUAAGAUUGAAGUGGAUUAUGAAUUUUGGGUUUGGCAAUUGGCAAAUUUUAAUGAGAGCUCCUGGGAAUAUUACAUCGAAAACAAAAUCAGGGUCUUCAUUUUAAAAUUGACAGGGGUUUCCUCUGUGAAUCUGAUUUUGAAUCUUAACUUUCUGAAGGGUAACUUGUAAAGGGCAUAAAAAAAUUUGGAUUUCUCAGUUCUCCUUGUUAAAAUAACAUGAGUCUGCCAAUACUAAAUGUACCCCACUUUAGAAUGGCAUGUGAAAAUUCACUGCCCGUUUGUCCAUUCUCCAAAAGAAGAAGCAAUUCGUGCUAGAACUAUUAGCCAUUUCACAGGGUACUGUCUUGUGUAGUUGCACCAAGUUUUUAUUAAGCAAAAGUACAAGCUAGAGACACAGGAUUGUGGUAGAUGUCAUUUUUUGUGUAUGUGUGAAUGACUACCCUGAGGUGGCCACACAUUGACCUGCAGGCAUUGUAUUCGAUCAGAGACUGUCUGUCAGUCACAUUUGUCCUUAUCUGCAAUGUGCGGUUUCUGCUGUUCCAAAUUAAAUGUCCCCAGAACAGUGUUGUUUUCAAUACCUUAGCUUAACAUGCAGUGGUACACAUCUUUAGUAAAGAUCUUACAGAAGGUGCCUUUUUAGCACAUUUGUUGAGAAUAAAACACAUUAAGUGGUAGCUAAGAAAGCACCAUUCAAACACUAUGCAAGUCCUGUCUUUACGUUAUUUUUAGUCACUUAUCACAACCUUGAUUCUGGCAGGAUUUGCACUACAAUAGGAAAAUCUGUGCACACUUUUGGCAGCCAAACGUUUAGGCCUACCUGUUUGAAUGAAAACGCUAUUUAUGCUUCUUGUAGAAGCGUCUUCAGUAUUUUUUGUAAGCAAUAAUAUUUGUUUAACAGUGAUAAAUGUAGCUUUUUAAUGGAAAUUUAUAAAGAAUGACAUUCCCAACUGUCUUUUUUGCUAAUGCAUUCCUUUUUAUAGCAUUUUCUACACACACAAUUUUCCAGCACAAAUGAUUUUCUCUUA